AACAGUGAGUGAACAUUGACGGUCUUUCUUUCGCAGCAAACGCAAGUGUUGCGGCAACAGACUGGUGUUUCACCAAGCAGUGAGGGCAGAGGGGAACUGUGGAGAGGAUUGAAACCAAUGUCCCUUGAGAAAAUAACAUUAUAGUCUCCAAACAUGACUUCAGUUUGGAAGAGACUUCAGCGUGUCGGCAAGAAAGCCUCGAAAUUCCAGUUUGCGGCGACUUUUCAAGAACUGACGGUAGAAUGCACGAAGAAAUGGCAACCAGACAAACUGAGAGUGGUAUGGACCAGGAGAAACAGACGAAACUGCACCAAGCUGCAUGGAUGGCAGCCGGGCAUCAAGAACCCCUACAGGGGCACGGUGGUAUGGCAGGUGCCCGAAAACCUGGACAUCAAUGUCACACUUUUCAAGGAGCCGACUGCAGACGAAUUUGAAGACAAGGACUGGACGUUCAUCAUUGAGAAUGAGACUAACAAGGGCCACAGGAAGGUGCUGGCAUCGGUGGACGUCAACAUGAAGAAGUUUGCCAGCGCCACGCCUGCCCAGUAUGACCUGACGCUGAAGCUCAAGCCUCUGUCGGUGAAGGUGGUGGAGGCCACGCUCAAACUGACCUUGACCUGCGUCUUCCUCAAAGAGGGCAAGGCCACAGAUGAGGACAUGCAGAGUCUGGCCAGUCUGAUGAGCCUGAAGCAGAGUGACAUCGGCAACCUGGAUGACUUCAACGAUAGUGACGAGGAAGAGGGCGGAAGAAGAGCCAGCAUCGGAGCCAGCAUGGGAGCCGCAACUCCCGUCACAGCCUCCACAAGAAGAAUACGUGAUCAGGCAUGGAGACCUGUGAUUGACCCAGAGGCCACAGCUGCCAGUAAGAUGGAUUGGAGUAGCUCAUCUGGCACUGUGUCUACCAUCUCACUUCUGUCACGCCCCCCUCUGCCCGUACCCCUCGACCCCUCCGCCCUGCCUCCCGCCCCUGCCGCCCACUCCCGCCUCACCACUGGCCCUGCGGGCACCGCUCAGCAGCCACGACCCUCCCCCUAUGCCUACCAAGUGCCAGCCUUUGUCCGCGCCCACCCACCUGCACUGCCCAAAAUCUUCCAGCCCGCUGCUGGCUCAGUGCCCAUAUCUGUAGGCCGGAGGCCCUGUGGCUUCCAGACUGACCCGGCCCUUGACCCUGCCAGUCUUGCUGAGGGCCAUGUGGCCCCUGGUCUCCCCACCUUCUCUCCAUCAAGACCCCUCUCAGCCUCCUUCACUGGGCCUUCCUCCUCUUCCACCUCUCCUCUCUCCUCUUCACCCUCUGCCCCAUCUGUGUUUCCAACUCCCUCUUUCUCUGAUAUUCCACAGACAGCCACCUAUGCUGCUGCUCGCACCAGUGCUUGGAGACCCCAGAGCGUCCCCUCCUUCUCAUCCUCCUCCUUCUCUUCCACCACUAUCGGCACCUCCCCUCCUACUUCCCAGCCCCUUCCUGUCCCCUGUCGGCCCAAAGCAUACAUCACCUCCCUGGCAGAGCCGGGCUCUGCCCUCACUAGGCCUACCAGCCUGCCCUCAGCCCCUGAGACAGUACCCUGGCAGAGUGAAUGGAGACCGCCCAAAUCCCAGGCCCCUCUGGCCCAGCCAGCCCUCUCCCCCAAAUUUCUGCACCCCUCUCCCCCUGACCCAGUGGAGCCUGUGACCCUAGAGCAGACAAAGUGGACCAUGGAGACACCAUUCCCCCCUGCUGCGCUCCAGACUGCAGAAUGGAUGCACCAGGUGGUUCCCACCAUGAUCCACCCCAAUUUGAAGAGGCUGGUUUCCCCUCCUCUGGAGCUCCCCCACUCACCCUUUCCUCUCACCCCCUAUCCUGUUCCUUCUCCUGUGCUCUCUGCUGGCUCUCAGACUCAAGUCCCCACUGCCCCCCUCCCAGCACCAGUCACUGCUCCCCAAGAGACAGAGUUUCAGAGGCAGUUGAGCACUCUGACAGAGGAGGAAUACACCACUGCCACAACUCCCACCCGCACUGCUGGAAUGAUCAGUAUUGCCAAUCAGAGGCCAGACCCAUCAACAUCCUCACUUGACCCAUUGGCUAAGCCCUUUGAGACAAGAGCUUAUGCGAGAAGAUGGGGGGCGGACUCAAUGUUUGGAAUGGAGUUUGUCCAGGGAACGGCAGGACCUGAGAGUAUGACCCCUCUCCUGCCCUUUAGCCCCCGAGCACCCUCUGUUCCGGGGCUCCAAUAUUUUGAGAUGCCAAAACCGAUUGCAAAAAGUCAGGCAGAGGAGAGGUCAAUCAGGGCACUCCCAGUUCCAACACCCCAGCAACCUCUCCCUUUUGCACCCAUGCAAAGGCCUGGCUUAUCUGAGCCCACAGUCACAUCCAUGAAGUCACUUGACAGAACGAGGAGUCACUUGAACAAGAUGUCCAUGCAGAUAGGGACACCGUUAGCCAAACCAGAGCCUGAACAGAUUGUGACAGUAACCAGUGGGCAGCAGAGGAUGAUGGCCCCGCCCUCCCACCUCACUGAGUUGCAGACCACACGGCCGUACAGAGUGUCGCAGAGGGGUCUGCCAAAGGAGAAAGACCCAAAGAAAGAGCAGGGGCAGACACUGGUCCCUAAGAAAGAUGCUCCUAAAUAUUCUCCCAAAACAACAAGAGGUUCAAGAUGUUCAAAAGAACAAGGGGUACCCAUGGAUUGGGGAACUAAAAGUAUGGCUGCCUCGCUGCCAUCUUGUCCAAAAGUGUCCAGUUACCCUGGUUUCCCAUCCACAUUGAUUAGGAACAGAUAUAAGGCCCGACCCGAAGAAUGGCCCAUUGAUAAAAGUCCAUUAUGGGAGAAGCCCCUGAAAGGAACACCAAUUAUCACCCCUGCCCCUGAAACAUCGGAUGAGGACCAGAAAGUAAUGGAAAGUAUGGCUUCCAUGUUGCCAAGUUGUCCAAGGGUAGCCAGUGUUCCUGGGUUCCCCUCAGCACCUCCACCCAAAACAGAAAGACCAGCACCUCCACCCAAAACAGAAAGACCAGCACCUCCACCCAAAACAGAAAGACCUGCACCUCCACCCAAAACAGAAAGACCGGCAUCACCACCCAAAACAGAAAGACCAGCAUCACCACCCAAAACAGAAAGACCGGCAUUACCACCCAAAAUGGGAAGACCAGCACCACCACCCAAAACACAAACGGAACCAAGUUUGGUGAAUCUAGUGCCAACUUGCACAAGCGUAUCCAGUGCAUCUGGUUUGGCCUCCAGGAAACCAAAGGAGACUGAAGGGGCUGAGGCUGUAGGUUGGAGGGUGGAUAAAAAGCUGAAAUGGGAGAGACCACAUGAUGAGAAGACGGUUAUUGAGCUUUCGUCGUCAAUUGCUUUAGACCAAGUGUAUGGAGACAAAGAAAUGUUGAAACGUAUGGUAGUGCUUGUCCCAUUUUGUCCAAGUCAGAGUACUAUUCCUGGUUUUCAAUCUGUUCCAAGGCCCAAAGCUCAGGUUGUGCCAAGCAUGGUUAACAUAAUGCCAACAUGCCCAAGGGUAUCUAGAGUUCCUGGACUGCCAACCAUAGACCCGGCAAAGACAGUAGACUGGCCAGUAGAUACAAAGGCUCUGUUUAAUAAGUUACCUAAAGAAGUAGAAUUAUUGAUGGUCCGUUUAGAGGACGUUGGCACAGUUUAUAAUGAUAGUGAAAAGGUCAAGAAAAUGGUGGAUCUUAAACCAUCCUGCCCCAAAACAGCCAGUAUUCCUGGCUUCCCAUCUGAAACAAUGCAAGAGCCUACUAAAUUGUCCAAUGUUGGGACAAGAAAGUUUUCUGAAUCUGAACUGAACAUGGUUAACCUUCUGCCUACAUGCCCUUUAAUGGCCAGAGUUUCUGGUUUACCCUCUAAACUGCCAAUUAAGUCAGAUAAUGUUGACUGGCAUGCUAACAGUAGGCCUAUUUUGGAGAGACCAUUGAAGAACAGAGCACUUUCUGUAGCGCAGGAAAUGCGACAAAAGGACAAAGAACUUACCAAAAAUAUGGUAGAUAUGUUACCAUCUUGCCCGAAUAAGGCCAGGAUUCCAGGUUUACCCUCUGCAUCUAGGCAGAAGCUAGUAGACACACCAAGAAUGACCAGUCUUCUGUCUACAUGCCCUAAACUUUCUACGGUUUCUGGUUUACCCUCCAAACAGCCAAUCAGUUCUAGAGAUGCUGAUUGGCUUGUGGACAGAAAGCCACUGUGGGAAAAGCCAUUGAGGAAAAUGGAUGUGAUGAUUCAACCAAUUUCUUCCGCUCUUACCAUUGCAUAUAAAGACAAAAUGAUGUUGAAAUAUAUGGUAGCCAUGUUACCAUCGUGCCCAAGGAAGGCCAGUAUUCCUGGCUUUCCUUCAAAACUGAAGCAGAGGCUAGGAUCCCCAAGAAUGAUCAUGAAGUAUGAUCUUCUUCCUACUUGCCCUAAACUUUCCAAAGUUUCUGGUUUACCCUCUAGACAUCCAACUGAGUCAGAACCUGACUACUGGCAUGCUAUCAGACGGCCAAUAAUAGAAAAGCCAUUGAGGAAAACAGUUGAGCUGAUCCCUUCACUUUCUGUAGCACAUGCAACGUCAUAUGAGCACAAUGAACUUGUGGUUCCUCUCUUACCAUCUUGCCUGGAAAAGGCUGGUGUAGAAUCUAUGCCAAGUCAAGAGUCAAAUAUCCUCAGUCUUCAUCCUACUUGCCAUAAACUUCCCAGAGUACCUGGUUUACCCUCUAGACUUCCAAACAAUUCAGAUGAUAUUGACUGGAAAGUGGACUGCAGUCCACUGUGGGAGAAGCCAUUGAAGAAAAGAGAAGGACCUUUUUUACAAGAUCAGGAAAUGGCAUUCAAAGACACUGAAAUUCUGAAAGACAUGGUAGCCAUGUUGACAACUUGCCCAAGGAAGGCUAGUAUUCCUGGUUUCCCAUCUGCACCAAGGCAAGAGCCAAGUAUGGUUAACAUAAUGCUUACUCGUUCAAGGGUAUCUAAAGUUCCUGGAUUGGCAACUAUAGAACAGACACAAAUAGUAGAAUUACCAGUUGACAAAAAGUCACUGUCACCCAGAGAAUGGCCUGAUGAAUCAAUGUUCCAUUUGGAGAAUGUUGGCAGAGUCGAUCAUAAUAGUGAAGUGGUCACAAACAUGGCAGCUCUGAAACCAUCCUGCCCAAACGCAGCCAGUAUUACUGGCAUCGCCUCAGCAUUAAGGCAUGAACCAAGCAUGGUUAACCUUCUGCCUACUUUCCCUAGAUUGGCCAGAAUUUCUGGUUUACCCUCCAAACACCCAACAAUGUCUAGACAUGAAAAUUGGAUUGUGGACAGAAUGCCAAUCUGGGAGAAGACAUUGAGGGAAUUGGAUGUAACGAUUCAACAAAUUUAUCCAGCUCAUGAAACAUACAUGGUAAAACAUAUGGUAGCUAUGGUACCAUCUUGCCCCAGGAAGGCCAGUAUUCCUGGCUUCCCUUCUGCACCAACACAGGAGCCAAAUAUGGUUAACCUUCUGCCUACUUGCCCUAGACUGGCUAGAAUUUCUGGUUUACCCUCCAAACAGCCAAAUAAGUCUGCAAAUGUUGAGUGGCAUGCUAACAGCAGGCCACUCUUGGAGAGACCAUUGAGGAAGAGAACAGCAUGUCUAAUGCAGGAAAUGCCACACAAGGACAAUGAGCUAAUUAAAAAUAUGGUGGCCAUGUUACCAUCUUGCCCAAGGAAGGCUAGUGUUCCUGGCUUUCCAUCUGCACCAAGGCAAGAGCCAAGUAUGGUUAACAUAAUGCCAAAUUGUCCAAGGUUAUCUAGCGUUCCUGGAUUGGCAGCUAUCGAACAGACACAAACAGUAGAGUGGCCAGUUGAUAAAGAGUUACUGUUGCCAUCUAGAGAAAGGCCAGAAGAAUCAAUGUUCCAUUUGGACGAUAUUGACACAGUCUAUCAUGAUACGGAAAUUGUGAAAAAUAUGGUAGCUUUGUCACCAUCCUGCCCCUGGAAGGCCAGUAUACCUGGCUUCCCCUCUGCACCACAGUCGAAGCUAGAAGACACACCAAGUAUGAUCAGUCUUCUGACUACUUGCCCUAAACUUUCUAAGGUUUCUGGUUUACCCUCUAUAGAGCGAAUCAGGUCUAGAGAUGAAUAUUGGCUUGUGGACAGAGUGCCACUAUGGGAGAAGCCGUUGAGGGAAAGGGGUGUGCCAAUUCUAGACAUUUCUCCAGCUCAUGAUAAAGACAGAGAUCUGAAACAUAUGGUAGCUAUGGUACCAUCUUGCCCCAGGAGAACCAAUGUACCUGGCUUCCCUUCUGCACCAAGGCAGAGAUCAGUAGAAACCCCAAGUAUGGUGAAUCUUGUGCCUACUUGCCCAAAGGUAUCGACUGUUUCUGGAUUGCCAGCUUUGGAUCUGAAUCAGGCACCAGAUUGGUCAGUAGAUAAAGAUUAUUUGGACAUUUCACCAAGAAAAAGGUCAGGACUAUUCGAUAAUGUUGGCACAGUCUAUAAUGAUAGUGAAAUGGCCAGCACCAUGCUUGCUCUUACACCAUCCUGCCCAAGAGCAGCCAAUAUUCCUGGCUUCCCCUCUGCACCAAGGCAAGAGCCAAUUAUGAUGAAGCUUCUGCCUACUUGUCCUAGAUUUUCCAGAGUUUUUGGUUUACCUUCUAGACAUCUGCAUACGUCUGAAAAUGUUGUCUGGCAUGCUAACUGGAUAACACUUUUGGAGAGGCCAUUUAAGAAAAUAACAGUUUCUUUGGUACAGGCAAUGCCACAUGACAACAAAGACAUUACAAAUAACAUGGUAGAUAUGUUACCAUCUUGCCCGAAGAAGGCCAGGAUUCCUGGUUUUCCCUCUGCACCACAUCCCAAAGCUGAGGUAGAUCUUAGUAUGUUGAGUCUUGUUUCUGCUUGUCCAAAAGUUUCCAGUCUCCCGGGUUUCGCAUCCAUUGAAGGGCCUACAACAUUAGAGUGGCUUGUUGACCCCAAGCCUAUGUUUGAACACUUGCAAAAGAAGGAAGAAGAAGAAGACAUUUUUCCAAAAGACCGACCAAAGGAAGACACUGAAAUAAUGAAAGCAAUGGUUGCUUUGGUGCCAUGUUGCCCAGUAGCAUCCAUGAUUCCUGGUUUCCCUUCUGCACCACGCAAAAAGGCUGAGGAGACACCAAGUAUGAUGCAUAUUGUUCCCUCCUGCCCUAAAACUUCUAGUCUCCCAGGUUUUCCAUCCAUUGAGGGGAAUAGGGAAACAGGGUGGGUAGUUGAUGAGAGGCCAUUUUACAAGAGACCACCAAAGGAGAGGAAAGUCAUUUUUGACAGCUCAAAAGCAGACAAAGAGGAAAUGAAAAUCAACAUUCCUUUGAGGCAAUCAUGCCCUCAUGCUGCUCUGAUCCCUGGCUUCCCAUCUGCACCACAACCCAAUAGGUUGAGUCUUGUUCCCAUGUUCCCUAACGUUUCCAGCCUACCGGGUCUCGCAUCCACUGAGGGGGGUACAACGUUAGAGUGGUUUGUUGACCCCGAGCCUAUGUUUGACCACUUGCAGAAGAAGGAAGACGUUUUUCCAAAAGACGGAUCACAGCAAGACAUUGACAAAAUGAAAGCAAUAUUUGCUUUGAUGCCAUCUUGUCCUGAAGCAUCUGUGAAUCCAGGCUUUCCCUCUGUACCUGCGAAAAAGUUUGCAGACACACCAAGCAUGAUCAGUCUUCUGCAGACUUGCCCUAAAGUCACUAAAGUUUCUGGCUUACCUUCGAGACUUCCUAUCAAUUCAGAUAAAGAUGGCUGGUGUGCAGACAAGAGGCCACUGUGGGAGAGGCCAUUAAAUAAUAGAGGCACACUAUCCUUUUGUCCAGUGCAAACAUUAUCAUUCAAAGAGAGAGCGAUGAUUACAAUUAUGGUGUCUAUGUUACCACCUUGCCCAAUAAAAGCCACCAUUCCAGGCUUUCCCUCAUCGUCACGGCACAAGUCGGAUAGGGCUCAUGUUAAGGUGAUCCCAAGCAUGGUAUGUCUAUGGCCUACCUGCCCGAAAUAUUCAAGGGCUUCAGGUUUCCCCUCAAGACAUCCAUCCAAGGCAGGACAUGAUGGCUGGCAUGUUGACAGGGAGACAUUUUGGGUUAAAUCGUUGAGGAAAGGAGAGGGGCUUAAUCUCCAGCUUUCUCCAGUUGACAAUAUGUCAUUCAGAGACAGAGAAAUAAUGACAAGUAUGGUACCAUCAUGCCCAGCCAAAGCCACCCUUCCUGGCUUCCCAUCGGCUCCACAAGCCAAAGCUUCUCACGUUGAAGUAGAAAAAGAGCCAUGCAUGACUUCCCUUUUCCCAUCUUGUCCGGAAGAGUCUCGUAUCAUUGGUUUUCCUUCAAGACAAUUGAUCAUGUUGGAUGAUGGUUAUGUAGAGGGCUGGCCGAUGGUCAAGAGUGUAGUCUGGGAGAAAUCACCAACGAGGGUUGCUAAUACUCUGGAAUGCUCUCCAUUUGAGGGAGACUGUUGUUACAGAGACAAAGUCAUGAUAAAGGCAAUGUUAUCUCUUAUACCAUCAUGUCCAUGUUUGGCUUUGAAUCCAGGUUUCCCAUCUCUUCAGAUUUGUCCAUCUGAGGAAAUGUCAUUUAGAGACAGAGAAAUAUUGACAAGUAUUGUGCUGUCAUGCCCAGCAAAAGCCACCCUUACUAACUUCCCAUCGGGUCCACGAGCAAAAGAUGCUCAUGUUGAAGCCGAGAAAAAGCCAUGCAUGACUAAUCUUUCCCCAUCUUGCCCGGAAGUUUCUAGUAUAAUUGGUUUCCCUUCAAGACAGUCAGUCAUGUCUGAUCACGCUUAUGUAGAGGGCUGGCCGACAGUCAAGAGUGUACUCUGGGAGACACCACCAACGAGGGUUGCUAAUACUCUGGAGACUCUGGAAUGCUCUCCAUUUGUUAAUGACAAAGAGUUUGACAGACAUAUGAUGGCCCUGGAGCCAACAUGUCCAGAAGAAGCCAAAAUACCUGGUUUUCCCUCUGCCCCAAGACCCAAGACAAAGCAAUACAUCACUGCUACAGUUAAAUCAUCAUGCUCCAAUGUUGCCAAAGUCUCUGGCUUUCCCUCUUUACAACCAGAGAAAGUAGAUAAGGUUUUAGUAGAGAACUGGGCUGUGGAAGAUGGACCAUUAUGGCAGCAAACACAGAAAGAGAUUCCAGCUAUUGGAGUCAGUAGAUCAGAUGAUGCCAAAGGAAUGGCAGCUAUGUUACUAUCUUGCCCAAAAGACGCUAGUAUACAUGGCUUUCCAUCAGCACCAUGGCCUAUAGAAGAACAAGAGCCAAACAUGCCCAGUCUUUUGUUAACUUGCCCAAUGGUUACACAUGUCCAAGGGAUUCCAUCCACAAAGACGCAAAAUGAAGAGGAUCCUCCAAUUCAUCAGUGUCCUGUGGAGGAGAAGCCAUUUUUGGAAAAGUCACUGAAAGAGAAAACAGUGCAGUCUCUGGCUCCCACUCAUGAUGAAUUAGAGAAGGGAAUGGUGUCUAUGUUGCCAUCUUGCCCAAGUGAGGCCAUUGACCCUGGCUUUCCAUCGACACGUUGUCAAACGCCUCUCGACAGUGAUUCGUCUAUAAAUCAACAGUCAAGUCGAGGUGAAAGGAUGGAAUGGGCAGAGGAGAUAUAUGACUGCAAGGAGGGCCACACAGAGCUUAGCCACAAACCCAAACGAAUCGAAUCAGUGGUGAAUGAGAACAAACAAGAAUUUAAACAUGGCUCAGUUUUGGAGAGGCUCAAGGAAGAGGGUGUCAUUCAGACCAGAUAUGAGGCGCAAGAAGUGGGCAUUCUAGAAAGAGGACACUUGCACUGCCGAAUGUGGCACUCCAUUCCUACAGACAUGCCAUUGUUCUUGACUGUCAGAGAGAGCCCUUCGUGUCAGUCUCCCGCUCAAGGGGGACAGCCAUUACCGUAUGGGAUGGGAGCAGCUGUUGACAAUGAGCCAAAAGACAUUUCACACAGCCAGAUGGCGUGUGAGGUUGUGGCACUAGUAGAGUAUCAAGUUGUAGAAGACUUGGACAUGAUAUGUGAGGAAGAAGCGGUAGAUGAAGUCUCAGAGUCAGUCUCUGGAAUAGAGCAUUCUGGGAAGGAAGAGGUUACUGUGGCUAGGCAGGUGAAAGUUUAUGAGAUGCGACCUCAAAAUAUGGCUUCAUCAUCACCAAGAGUUGCCAGUGCACCAGGGUUUCCAUCCACUCAAGCGUCCUUUUCAGAGGCUCAAUUGGAAGACUUCCCAGUGGACACGAGCAUAUUAUGGGAGAAACCAACAAAGGACGGUCCACAGCUGGCCAUGGAUAGAUCAAAAGAGGAGAGAGACAUGGUGAGAUUUAUGGCAGAUAUAGUCCCAUCUUGCCCAAGAACUGCCAGCAUUCCAGGCUUUCCGUCUACACAUCUGUCCAAAGAAGUCGAGGUAGAGAGGGAACCUAACAUGGCAGAUCUAAUGCCAAGAGUGGCUGGCACACUCACAUUCCCUUCUCUUGAAAGUCAGGUAGAGGAGUGUACAGUCAACACUGAGGCAAUUUGUGAGAAGACAGUGAAGGGGAAAGAAGGGGUGACCAUUAGGUCCAGUCCACAUUUGGACAGAUUACAAGAAGAGCUAAUGAAACACAUGGUGACUGUGGAGCCAUCGUGCCCUACUGCAGAAAGUAUUCCCGGCUUCCCCUCUGCACCACACCCCAAAGCUGAGGUAGAUCUAAGUAUGUUGAGUCUUGUGCCCGCUUGUCCUAAAGUAUCCAGUCUCCCGGGUUUCGCAUCCACUGAGGGGGCUGCAACAUUAGAGUGGCUUGUUGACCCUAAGCAUAUGUUUGAGCACUUGGAGAAAAAGAAGAAGAAAGAAGAAGAAACUGUUUUUCCAAAGGACAGAUCAAAAGAAGACAGUGAAAAAAUGAAAGCAAUGGUUGCUUUGAUGCCAUGUUGCCCAAAACCAUCCCUGAUUCCUGGUUUCCCCUCUGUACCACAUCCAGAAGCUGAAGUGGGGACAAGUAGUGUGAAUCUUGUUCCCUCCUGCCCUAAAGUUUCUAGUCUCCCUGGUUUUCCAUCCAUUGAGAAGGAUAGGGAAGCAGGGUGGGUUGUUGAUCAGAGCUCAUUGUUCAAGAUACCGUUAAUGGAUAGGAAAGUCAUUAUUGACAGCUUAAAGGUAGACAAAGAGGAAAUUAAAACCAACUUUUCAAUGCGGCCUUCAUGUCCUGACGCUGCAAGGAUCCCUGGCUUCCCGUCUGCACCACAACCCAAUAUGUUGAGUCUUCCCACUUUCCCUGAAGUUUCCUGUCUCCCUGGUUUCACAUCUACUGAGGGGAUUACAACAUUAGAGUGGCUUGUUGACCCCAAGCCUAUGUUUGAGCACUUGCAGAAGAGUAAGAAAGAAGAAGUUUUUCCAAAAGACAAAUUUAGGAAGGAAGACAUUGAAAAAAUGAAAGCAAAGUUUGCAUUGGUGCCAUGUUGCCCAGAAGCAUCCAUGAUUCCUGGCUUCCCCUCUGUACCGCAACCCCAAGAUAUAUAUUUUGAGCCAACUAUACUCAGCCUUCUUUCAUUGUGUCCAAAAGUCUCCAGUAUUGCAGGUUUCCCAUCUCGUCAGCAAACUGACAGAAAAGAUUGGCACACAGAUCUGCCCCAGGAUCAUCAGCCAUUUUGGGAGAAGCAAAUGAAGGUGAACCCAGUUUUGAAAAUGGAAACGUCAGAAAAAGACCAAGCCAAGACGAAAGGAAUUGUGGCUCUGGUACCAUCUUGUCCCAAAGUGGCUCGCACUCCUGGUUUCCCAUCUGUAUCACAACCCAAAGAGGUCUAUUAUGGGCCAAGUAUUGUCAGUCUAUCAUGUCCAAAAGUCUCCAGUAUUGCAGGUUUCCCAUCCCAUCAGCAAACUAACAGAAAAGAUUGGCACACAGAUCUGCCCGAGGAUCAUCAGCCAUUAUGGGAGAAGCAGAUGAAGAAGAAGAUGAUGUUAUUGAUGGAAAUAUCAGAAAAACAGAAACAAGAUAUGAAAGAAAUGUUGGCUCUGGUACCAUCUUGUCCGAAAGUGGCUCGUAUCCCUGGUUUCCCAUCUGUACCACAACCCAAAGUAGUAUAUUAUGGGCCAAGUAUUGUCAACCUUCUUCCAUUGUGUCCAAAAGUCUCCAGUAUUGCAGGUUUCCCAUCCCGUCAGCGAACUGACAGCAAAGAUUGGCACACAGAUCUGCCAGAGGAUCAUCAGCCAUUAUGGGAGAAGAAAAUGAAGGCGAAGCCUGUUGUUAUAAUGGAAAGAUCAGAAAUAGACAAAGAAAGUAUGAAAGGAAUAGUGGCUCUGGUUCCAUCCUGUCCAAAAAUGUCUCUGGUGCCUGGUUUCCCAACUGUACCGCAACCCAAAGAGGUCUAUUAUGGGCCAAGCAUGAUCCGUCUAUCAUGUCCAAAAGUCUCCCGUAUUGCCGGUUUCCCAUCCCGUCAGCAAACUGACAGAAAAGAUUGGCACACAGAUCAGCCUGAGUAUCAUCAGCCAUUAUGGGAGAAGCAAAUGAAGAAGAAGAUGAUGUUAUUGAUGGAAAUAUCAGAAAAACAGAAACAAGAUAUGAAUGAAAUGUUGGCUCUGGUACCAUCUUGUCCGAAAGUGGCUCGUAUCCCUGGUUUCCCAUCUGUACCACAACCCAAAGUAGUAUAUUAUGGGCCAAGUAUGAUCGGUCUAUCAUGUCCAAAAGUCUCCAGUAUUGCAGGUUUCCCAUCCCGUCAGCAAACUGACAGCAAAGAUUGGCACACAGAUCUGCCUGAGGAUCAUCAGCCAUUAUGGGAGAAGCAAAUGAAGGUGAAGCCUGUUGUUAUAAUGGAAAGAUCAGAAAUAGACAAAGAAAGUAUGAAAGGAAUAGUGGCUCUGGUUCCAUCCUGUCCAAAAAUGUCUCUGGUGCCUGGUUUCCCAUCUGUACCGCAACCCAAAGAGGUCUAUUAUGGGCCAAGUAUUGUCAACCUUCUUCCAUUGUGUCCAAAAGUCUCCAGUAUUGCAGGUUUCCCAUCCCGUCAGCAAACUGACAGCAAAGAUUGGCACACAGAUCUGCCUGAGGAUCAUCAGCCAUUAUGGGAGAAGCAAAUGAUGGUGAAGCCUGUUGUUAUAAUGGAAAGAUCAGAAAUAGACAAAGAAAGUAUGAAAGGAAUAGUGGCUCUGGUUCCAUCCUGUCCGAAAAUGUCUCUGGUGCCUGGUUUCCCAUCUGUACCGCAACCCAAAGAGGUCUAUUAUGGGCCAAGUAUUGUCAACCUUCUGCCAUUGUGUCCAAAGGUCUCCAGUAUUGCAGGUUUCCCAUCCCGUCAGCGAACUGACAAACAUUAUUGGCACACAGAUCUGCCUGAGGAUCAUCAGCCAUUAUGGGAGAAGCACAUGGAGGUGAAGCCAGUUGUGAUAACGGAAAGAUCAGAAAUAGACAAAGCCGAGAUGAAAGGAAUAGUAUUUCUGGUACCAUCUUGUCCGAAAGUGGCUCGUACCCCUGGUUUCCCAUCUGUACCACAACCCAAAGAGGUAUAUUAUGGACCAAGUAUCAUCUGUCUUUCAUGUCCAAAUGUCUCCAGUAUUGCAGGUUUCCCAUCCAAUCAGCAAAUUGAAGGAAAAGAUUGGCACACAGCUCCACCCAAGGAGCAUCAACCAUUAUGGGAGAAGCAAAUGAAGAAGCUGAUUUUAUUAAUGGAAAUAUCAGAAAAAGACAAACAAGAAAUGAAAGGAAUGGUGGAUCUGGUACCAUCAUGCCCUACUGCAGCAAGUAUUCCUGGCUUCCCCUCUGCACCACAUCCCAAAGCUGAGGUAGAUAUAAGUAUGUUGAGUCUUGUGCCCACUUUCCCUAAAGUUUCCAGUCACCCUGGUUUUGCAUCCACUGAGGGGGCUACAUAUUUAGACCCCAAGCCUAUGUUUGAGCUCUUGGAGAAGAAAGAAGAAAACAUUCUCCCAGAAGAUGGAUCAAAAGAAGACAUUGACAAAACAAGAGCAAUGGUUGCUUUGGUGCCAUGUUGCACAGAAGCAGCCGGGAUUCCUAGCUUCCCCUCUGCACCACAACCUAAGAAGGAAGUAAAUAGUGUGGAUUUCACACAAUCGUGCCCCAAAAUCUCCAGUCUACCAGGUUUGCCAACUACGGCCAAAGUCCCGACAGGAAAUUCGCAGGUUGAACAGAAGCCUCUGUUUGAGAAGACACUGAAAGAUGAGACCAUAAGAAUCCAAGAUAGAUCAGCAGAAUUCAAAGGAAAUAUGAAAAAUAUAGUGGCACGUGAGAGUCUCACUCCUGGGUUCCUGUCCUUACCACAACCUAAAGCAAUGGAAGAACAAACCAUGUCUGCUCUACACCCAUCUUGUACAAAUGAAUCGACAGUAGCUGGAUUACCUUCUAGACAGCCAAUUGAAUUAGCUCUGGCCCGGGGAGAAGAAUCUGUGAGUUCUAUGCAGCCAUUGUAUGAAAAACCCUUGAAGGAUAGGUCAGAAGAUACUGUACUUUCCAAGCCUGACCUAGGCAGUGCAGUUGGAGAUGAAGGCCUUAAAACUAUGGUUGCACUGGCACCAUCUUGCCCCGAGGCAGCAAGCGUUCCUGGUUUUCCAUCUGUGCCCCCUCACAGUCCAGAGUCUGUAGAGGCACAUGAGACAAGUAUGCAGACAAAGGAGAAAGAGGUUGCUGGAGAACCAGCAGAGUAUGUUCUAGAUAAGGGUGUCCUCAGCAGCCCACAAAUAGAGAAGUCCACACCUGAGGAGAUCCCAAAGCCCUCAGCAGUGUCAGAACCAGAGCUAGUCUUGGGGUGGGAGGUGCUGGAGGCUGAUGGUUCUGUGGCAGAGAAGCCAGAGGAGGCCUCUGGCCUUCUACAGAAUAUUGUUGAUGUCUUCUCCAGAGGUUAUGAAACAGUAGCAGCCAUUUUGGGUCCGUCUGGUUCACCUCCAACAGAAGCUGUAGACAGUGGUGUUGUGGAUCCAGAGGACAGUGCAGUCCCAUCAGAGAGCUCCUCUGAUCCUGUCCCAGAUAUAUCUAUCCUUGUUCAGGAAGCAGUGUCUGGAGAGGCACCGCAUGUUGAGGGUGAAACCAAUCCAACUAUAGAGCUCCCAACCACACCUGAGCCAUCCUUGUUGACGGUGGAAGACAAGCAAUCCAACUCUCCAUCGGCAGUGAGACAAGACAGUGAGGAUGGGUUCAUUGGAGUCGAAGGCCCAAGCAGUAUGAGAAAAUGGCCGCCGUUGACGGAGGCUGACCUUACUGAGAUCUCCAGAGGAGAGUUUGUGGUAACUGGGGAAGAAGAGGUUACCCUUGACUCAUGGGCACAAAUAGGGGAGAAGUCAACAUUCAAAGUGCAGGAUGAUGUUGAAGUUUUUUCAGCAAGGUCACCGAUCGAGACAGAAUUAUCACCUUCAUCACACCUGGACAAGGGCCCCCAACACACAAUCACAGAAGAAGCCUCCGGCCCUACCUCACAACCUACUGCAGACAAGUUGCUGGUAGAGGACAAGUCUGAAGAAUAUAUAGUACCCAUACCAGAUAAACCCUCUGAUGAUCAGACUGUCACCCCAGUCACCUCAGUUGAAACACAAUCAGAAGUUGCCCCCCCUCAGAGAGGCAGAAAGAAAAAAAGAUCCCUUCCACGAGAGUCUCAACAAAAAGCAGAUGGCCAAGGAAGUGUGACUACCCAGGAUGUCGCUGCACAGGUAACAACUAAACUGGUCGCUCCUCAUCGUGUGAAGAAAAAAGAGGGAAGUCUUCCUCCAGAAACUCAACAGGAAGCUGAUGAUCAAGGGAUUGUAUUUAAUGUAGUCCCUUCACAGCCUCUAAGGAGAAAAGACAGCCUCAGUCCAGAGCGCAAACAAAAAUCUGAGAAUGUGUCUGCACAGAAGCCCAUUGAUGUAGUCACUUCCUGCUGUCCGAAGAGAAAAGACAGUAAUCUUCUAACAGAACCUCAAGAGAAAGCUGAUGGUCAGAAGGGUUUCGCUACCCAGGCAGCUCCUCAGGUGGUCCCAUCACGGCCUGGCAGUAAAAGAGACCGUAGUCUUUCAACAGAGCCCCAACAGAAAGCUGAGGCCCCUGUCCAGGCGCACACAGAAGUGGUCCCUACUUGCCGUACUAAGAAAAGAGAGCGUAGUCUUCCAGCAGAGUCUCCACACCGACCUUUGAGGAGAAAGGAAAGCUUCACUAAAGACACAUCAACACAGGCAACUAGCCUGGUCCCACCUCCGCGCCCAAGGAGAACCUCUAGAGCCUCCAGUGCAGAACCUUCAGAGAAACUUGGCCAGGGAGCCACUGAACUGAUUCUACCACAGCCAACUCAGAAGGCUGAUGAGCCAGAGAAUUUGAUUGCCCAGGCCGUCACCAAGCUGAUUCCACCUCAGCGCACAAGGAAAGCGUCUUUCUCUACCGAACAUCGACAGAAAGCUGACGAUUUAGAGAGUGCUACUGGUCAGGUCACAACUGUUCCCCUGACACCAGAUCAUGUACCGACAGAGUCGUACACGGACUUUGGUGUGAGAGAGACUGCCCCCCUCCUCAUCAUCCGAAAAAUAGCCCCGCCAAGGCGCAGCAAGAAAACAAAUUCUCCCCACGUGGAAUCAGGCAAAGCAGAAGAUGUGGUUGUAGAGGCCCUGAAUGCUGCCAACCAGGGGUCUGCAGCACCAUCCCAGAUAGAGGAUCUGAUGAUAGACUCGAUUGAAAAGGUUGAGACUGAGAUGCAGUCUCAGAAAGUCACAGAAAUGGCCACUGAGCCAGUUGAAGAUAAGCCACACUUUGAAGGGGUUGCCGUGAAUUUGACAGUAAUCUAUAGGCCGCUCAUUGACAAUGCAGCUCAGAAGGUAUCGACAGAGGACACUGCGCCAGAAGUAAAGACUGAGGACAAGCAGGAGUACUUACCAGUCCCAAAGCCUCGUGGGAAACGAGACCCGACCCCACCUGUCCAUUUAGAUGCUACCAGACCAAAGACCUGGCAUGCCUCUAGUGGGGAUGACAACGAUUCUACCAGAGAGAGAGGACGUUCACUUGCAGCCUCAGCCUCUGUGCUGGAACCACCUCUACGCAGCAAGAGGAGCAGUAGUCUUCCUCCCGUACCCCCUGGGUGCCAGCCUGCAGCAUCUGGUGAAGUGGUGGUUGCUCCUCUGCGUAGGAGGAGGAGUAGACUAAACAUAGAACAAUCAAGCGUGCCUGUUCCAGUUCCGCGCUCGAAAAAACGCCUCAGUUCCUCUUUCUCCGAUGGAACUCCUUUAAUGGACUCCUCAUUCACUAGGCAGACCGAUUCCCUUGAGGGCUCGUUGUCUCUCUCUCAGGAAGACAAACAAGUCACCAGUCAGGAAGCCACAGAGGGUUCAAUAUCAUUAACCUCAAGCAUGGUCUCCGAAGGGAGCUUUGUCACAAUUCUUCACUCAGAGGAGAUAUCACCAGAAGUUAUUGUCUGUGAAAAGGGACUGGAGGAGAGUGGGGAGAGCUGGACCUUCACAGAUACCGCUAUGGUCACUGUGGCUUUCACAGAUACUGUAAGUGAGGACAUUGAGAGGGGUUCAGAGGCAGAACCUGUCUUUGAGAAGGGACUGGAGGAGAGCAUGGAGAGCUUGACCUUUACAGAUACUGCCAUUGCCACUGAGUCCUUCACAGAAACCCCUAAGUUCUUCGCAGACACUGUUAGUGAGGACAUUGAGAGGGGAUCAGAGGCAGAAGUUCUUGACCAGACCUCUCCAACCACUGCUACACCAGCUGAGGACGACUGGUUACAUGUUAAGGGAGCCAAAGAGACAGAGAAGAUGGAGAGAAAAUACAUGGGGGUUGAAGAGGCGGACUUUGGCUUUGAGUCAGUAGACGUAGCUGCCAGAGGCUUAGAUGAAGAGAGGCAGCAGGAGGCAGCAGAGGAGCCAACAACGCCUGAACGCAGAGCUGCAAACUCUCAGGAAAUGGGUCAAGACAGUGCUGCUUCUCCAGAAGGCCUCAUGGCCAGUCCUGGCCUGGUCACUUCCAGCCAGUCACUACUGGAGUGGUGUCAGGAGGCCACCAAAGAACACAAGGGGGUCAAGAUCACUAACUUCAGCACAUCCUGGAGGAACGGCCUGGCCUUCUGUGCCCUUCUACACCACUUCCACCCGGACAGGAUAAACUUUGAGAUGCUGGACCCUUAUGACAUCAAGCGCAACAACAAGAAGGCUUUCGACGGCUUUGCUGAGCUGGGCAUUUCUCGGCUGAUGGGGCCCUCAGACAUGGCCCUCCUGGCCGUGCCUGACCGCCUCAUCGUCAUGACCUACCUCAACCAGAUCCGCACCUACUUCUUGGGCCAGGAGCUGAGCGUGCUGCACAUAGAGGCGGACAGCAGCGAGUCCAGCUACGGCGUGGCCGGGGAGAGCAGGGAGGUCCCCGACCCGGAGGCCGCUGCACGCUACUGUCAACGGAUCCAAGAUGAGACCCUCACAAUGAACACCAAUGGAGGCGCUGCAGAGAAAGAGGCGUAUAGUGACACUAAGGGGGGCACCAAUGGGGACGUGGUCCCGCCCCCUAGAACCAAACGGCUACAGGCUGCAGGGGCAGGAGGAGGGGCCCAGGCCCCCGUCGCACCCCCCAGGACACACUUCUUAUCUGCCAAGUCUGGGUUCUCCCAGCUAAAGGAUGCAGAUCUGGUUAAGAAGCGGCGGUCGCAACGCAGGUCAAUAGACGAGGCAGACACACCCGAGGUUGCUACAGGUCAGGAAGAGGGUGGAGCUACCAGAAGGAAAUCAGAAACAGAAUGGGAAGCUGGUGAAGAAGGACGAUCGGCUGAGGAGGGGUGCCAGGACGCCAGCCAGUAUGCACUGAGUGAGAUGAAGGCCCUGGAGACGGAACAGAAGCACAUUGACAGCAGGGCAGACAUAGUGGAAAGGAGACUACGCCGACUGAUGGAGUCAGGUAGUGACAAGAUGCAGGAGGAGAAGCUGAUUCAGGAGUGGUUCACUCUGGUCAACAAGAAGAACGCCCUCAUCAGGAGACAAGACCAACUGCAGCUACUACAAGAAGAGCAGAACCUGGAAACGAGGUUUGAGAUGCUGAACCGAGAACUGAGAGACAUGAUGGCUAUUGAAGAGUGGCAGAAGACAGCGGCCCAUAAGCACAGGGAGCAGCUGCUACUGCAGGAGCUGGUGUCUCUGGUCAACCUGAGGGACGAGCUGGUCCACGACAUGGAUGCCAAGGAGAGAGGGGCUCUGGAGGAGGAUGAGAGGCUGGAGAGAGGCCUGGAGCAGAGACGCAGGAAGUACAGCAAGAAGAGCAAGGAGGAGAAGUGUGUGCUGCAGUGAGGCCUGGAGCCGGACACACCUGAACCAGGCAGCCCUGUGGAAGGUCACCUGGGUGCACUUUGGGACUGAUGCUGUAUGUGUGUGGCUCAUGACAUCAACACUGCAUGGAGGAAAUUGAGAACAGUGUCAUGUGACUGCACUAAGAGGACGGAAAACGAUGUUCGUCCCUCCCCCCACACCCCUCCAUGAUAUGACUGAGCCUCAAUCCAACCUAUGACUGGUUAUCAUCAGUCGCUUUGCUCUUCAGAUUGUGUUUUGAUUGGAUUGAAGUGGUUUUCUUGUCACAUAUUUUUCUAUAUGGAUGCAGAGUUUGUGUGUACCUGUGUUUGUGCGUGCGAAUGUGUGCGCUGAUGCGUGUCAUUGUGAGUGCAAUCUAUGACUGUAUGGGCGUUAUUUUGUGUAUUAACGUCGGGUCACAAAGACAUAUCCCUAACUAACCUAUCACCAGAUAGUUGCCUUACUGUAGAAUCUGUUACAGUAGUGUAUUGUUUCAUGGGUUACGUAUAAAAAGGUAUUUUCCACUGAAUGGCAUAUUAUGGACGGGACACACUCCAGUUACUAUGUAUAACAAAGACCAACUUUAGGCCCAUGCAGCAGGUGGAUUGAUUCACCCGUCUUCACCUCUACAGUUACAUGAAGCUGACAUGGAGCGGUCUGUGAUUUAUUGCCAAUUACAAUGGAGAGAUGGACGGCAAGUACUCAACUUGCGCCAAACAAAUAUCGCAAUAUUGUUAUUUCUUGCAGUGUGUUGGCUUGCCCUGUGCAGACGGCACACAGCAAACAUCUGUUGUCUUGAUUGUUUAUCGACGCGGAUGUCGAGGAAAGAAGAAAACUGACAUUGUCGACAAGGUCUUGGUAUUGAAGAUGUUAAAUGUUUACUUGCAGGGCUCCGACGCUCAACCAGAGUGGGAGAUUGUAGGGAGGAAAGGGAAAAGAACUGUGGAGUCUAUACGGUAGCAAGUUUCGUACCCUACAGCUCGGUGUCUGAAAGAACAAAACCGUUUUAACUUAUCCAAAAUCAUUUAUGGUUUUAUUUAUUGAAUAGGUAUUCCACAGAUAAUAUUACAGAUCCAGCCUGUGAAAUGUGCCUUUUGACCAGACCCACAGUUUUUUUUAAAUGACUGGAAGUAGGAACUUUGUUCCAGGUCUGGAUAUGUUUAUGCAGUGAGUUUGAGUUCAGUUACUGUUUUGUGACAUUAGCCUUGUAAUGUCUUGGUUUCCAUUGAUUGGGUUUUGUUGUUUUAUUUAAUUCAAUGAAUUGGCGCAGAAGCUGUGGGUUCUGAAAAGGUAAUGAUCUAAAAUACUAGAGAACAGCAAUAUUCAGAACAGAAAACAUCAGGCAAAUGCAUGUUUUGUAGUAUUACUAUAUAUAGUCUUAUGCACGUGGUUAUGACAGAGGAUGUAAUGUGCAAAAGUGUAUGCAGUAAACAAUUAACCCUAACAUGGUCAAAAAAUAAAUAAACUUUACUUUUGCAGAAAAAUAUUCUAAGAUUAAAACACCAGCACUUCCUUACUGCAGUAUUACUAUCAUUUGGCCAAGAUUGGACCAGAGGUUGAUAUUAGCUUGACCUCUGCGGCGCAACACAACAGAGUAAAAACUAGACUCUGUCCUGAGUGAUUUUGGGAUGCCAUUUGACUGAGAGUGGAAAAAAAAAUUGGCGGUGAAGUGUUUGAACUUGUGUUCCAGUCUGUGCCUCCUCUGCCACCCUGUUGUUAGUUACUGUGGUAAUGUUUACUAUUCCCUGUGUGAGUUUGAGAAAUGUGCUUUUGAGUUUUCUGAAAUAGCUUUUUGGGGAAGUUUUUUUGUUUGUUUUAAUGUUACGUACAUUUGCACUAUUUGUAAUGUUUGGAAAAUAAAAGCUAUUUUGGAUGACUUGGAGAAA